AUGGAUGCUCUGACUUUUGACACCCAACGUGCGCGUUGUGCCAUUCCUUAUAUCGCUUUUCGGGAUAUUCAAGAUGAUACAUUUAGUGAAACCUCACAUGAUUCAGAUACUAUAUUAGAAGAUACCUCUAUCGAUUCACCCAAAGAAGAGAAUGUUGAUUAUUCUAUUUAUCCUCCUGACAUUGGACAAAGUGUGACCCUUAACGAAUUUGGGCUAGAAGUUUCAUCAUUUGAAAAUGCACUGCGCAACUCUCCAGAUCAUAACUAUUCAAAACAAGACGAUCUCAUUACAAAUGGAUUGGGAAAUGAGGAUUCUGAUCAGUUAGCCUUAUUAGCCAAACUUGCGCUUUCUAAACACGAUAAUCGCCCUCUUCCUUCAUCGCUUCGCUUUGAAACUGGAUCUAAAUUUGGAGCACCUAACGAAGACGAG